AGAAGAAUAACGCUACACGCGCCACCAUUUUGUGGGCAUUUCUACUUGUGCAGUUCAGAGAGACGGUUGUGUGUGUUACAAAGUUUUAGAAGCUUUAAUAAAUUUAUCCACCUAAAAUACGUAAAAUGUCACGUUAUCGAGAAUGGGACCUUUCGUGCAAAGUUUAUGUUGGUAACUUGGGGAGCAGUGCUAGCAAACACGAAAUUGAAAGUGCAUUCAGUAAAUAUGGCCCGCUUAGAAAUGUGUGGGUUGCCAGAAACCCACCUGGAUUUGCUUUUGUGGAAUUUGAAGAUCCACGAGAUGCAGAAGAUGCAGUUAGAGGAUUAGAUGGAACACGCUGUUGUGGAACCAGAGUAAGAGUAGAGAUGUCCUCUGGGAGAAGUCGACGUGCUGGUGGACGGAGACCAGGUCCAAGAUAUUCCAGGUCCAGAUCUCGCAGUCCUCGAAGGAAAUCAUUGGGUCAUUACCCAAGGUCCUGCUCAAGAAGUCCGCGAGAAUCACCGAUAAGUCGUUGUUCUAGAUUCUACCAGCGUCAGCUCCUAGCUCUGCUCGUCUCCCCGCCACUACUACUACUGCUACUACUACUACUACUACUACUACAGCCACCGUGAAAAAAAGUCUAGCAAUCAAAACUGAACAAAAAAAAAAGCCUGCCUGCCCACUAACUUCCCAACCAGUCACCAUCAGUCACCACCAGUCACCGGUAGGAGCCAAGUCGUCAGUCAGUUGACAGUCCGAUGCUGUCCGUCAGUCCGUCAGUCCGUCUGUUCCCCUUCAAAAAGACUUCUUCGGGCUACCUCAACCUCUAGCGGCUAGGAGCAUCGUGAAUCCAUCGAACAGCCGACGCGAUAUGAACGAAUACUUCUGUCAAAAUCUCAGCGCGUCAGUCCGUCCGUCCGUCCCAACUUCUACUACUACUACUGCUACUACUACUACUACUCGUCAACCAUCACGUUAAACUUAGCCGACAACGCGACCGCCACUUCUCUUCAACUGAGCAAAGCAAAAUGAUCACCACCUACACACCAUCCCACCACCACCCAACCAAGUACCACCACCACCAAC